UCCACACGACCCAAUCCCUUUUUGUUCUCCUUCCCCGCUUCCCUGCCUCGCAGACUCGCAGUAGAAACAGAAAACUUGGACCUAACGUUACCGACCCACGAGUUUCCCGGUUCGCACAGGUCACAUCUACCACUCCGAAUCUUCCCCUACAUUACGGCUGACAGCUGACCACUGUCCUUUCUUCCAUUAUUAUUCAUUUGCUUCAUCGGUUCGUUUCGUUCCUCUUUUUCCCACUUCCUCUCUCUGUCUCUUGUAUUUUCCCUGCGCUUCUGAUCUCGUCUAUCUCGCCCUCGAUGGACGUAAAUCUGUUAAAACCCACUUAUCGGACUGCGAUUUCAACUCCUUGUUUCUUCAAAUCUUCGAGACCGAUCACCCUUUUCCCCAAUGCAACUAGGAAAUCUUCCAUUUUCGGGUUUGUUCAGUUAAGUUCAUCAAGGAGAUGCGUUCACUCUGUCAAAGCUUCUGCGGCUUCAUCUGCCGGAUUGGAGAGGAAGAAGAGGGUGGAUGAGAGUGAAAGCUUGACCUUGGACAGUAUAAGACAUUCUUUAAUUCGUCAAGAAGAUAGUAUAAUAUUUAGCCUUUUAGAGAGAGCUCAGUACUGUUACAAUGCUGACACAUAUGAUCAUAAUGUAUUCUCCAUGGAUGGGUUUGAAGGCUCUUUGGUUGAGUUCAUGGUCAGGGAAACUGAAAAGCUUCAUGCUCAGGUUGGCAGAUACAAAAGCCCAGAUGAGCAUCCGUUCUUUCCAGCCGAUUUACCUGAGCCAAUGCUCCCACCUCUUCAAUACCCACAGGUUUUGCAUCCUAUUGCUGAUUCUAUCAAUAUAAACAACAAGAUCUGGGAUAUGUAUUUUGGAGAUCUUCUUCCAAGAUUGGUUAAAAAAGGAGAUGAUGGUAACUGUGGAUCUACUGCUGUUUGUGACACAAUUUGCCUGCAGGCACUCUCAAAGAGAAUCCACUAUGGUAAAUUUGUAGCAGAGGCAAAGUUCCGGGCCUCUCCUGCUGCCUAUGAAGCCGCUAUUAAAGAACAAGACAGGGCCCAAUUGAUGCAAAUGCUAACAUAUGAAACUGUGGAAGCGGCAAUAAAGAGAAGAGUAGAGAUGAAGGCCAAAACUUAUGGGCAGGAAAUAAUUGUCAAUGAGGAGAGAGAUGUAGAUGAUCCUGUAUAUAAAAUCAGACCAAACUUAGUCGCUGAACUAUAUGGAGAAUGGAUCAUGCCUUUGACAAAGGAGGUUCAGGUUGAAUACUUGUUGAGAAGGUUGGAUUGAAGAGAGAAUUUUCCCACUUCAAAUCAAAGAAAAUAAACAAAGAAUCAAACAUGGAGGCCUUGUCAUCUUGUGGAUGCCAAUGUUAACAUAUAAGAUGGAUUGGGUUAGUUUUUGGGAUUUUUAAUUAGUACAGCAUGUCCCAAAUCCACUUCAGAUAUUCCCCAGGCAUUAUUUGGAGGCAUUCGCAUUACAAGAGCAUGGGUUCACAACUGCCAUUGCUCAUGCUACUUAUUUUGAUUGGAAACAUAAGAGCUUUCCAAUUGUAGUCUUUAUUGUUUGAUUUGUAGGUUCCGUCACUUGGGCUCAGUGCUCCGUGAAUCGGCAGUGGUGGGUGCCGUUGUUUAUUUGCUAUUGUUUCUGUCAAAUUCUCUAUUUCUUGGUGCUCACACAGUCCUGUCUGUCUUUAGGAGGCGCAGUGUGUUUACGUUAUUUAUUGAUGAUCCAUUGAGAUGUUUUUAUUUUUUAA